UCUCUCUCCACAAACUGCCAUGGCGUUUCCCUUCUCCUCCGCUAUCCUCUUCCUCCUUCUCCUCUUCCUCUCCUCCGCCGCCAAUUCCCCCACCAGAACCCGCGAAUUCGACGACAUGCUUCAGUCCCUCCGCAGCUACGGCUACACCCUCUUCACCAACGGCAUCGCCACAUCCGAUCUCAAAUACGAGCUCCUCUCCGCCGCCGCCGCCGACUUCACCCUCUUCGCCCCGCGAGACGAGCUCCUCUACGCCCUCGACAUGGCCGCCGACGCCGCCUUCUACGUCAGCACCCUCCGCUACCACGUCAUCUCCGGCCGUCACACCUUCGCCGGCCUCAAGAACCUCUCCGCCCCCUUCCUCGACACCCUCCUCCCCGACUACGCCGUCCUCAUCGGAAAAGUCCGCGACGUCGACGCCGACAGCGACCGCGCCUCCGUCGGCCUCAUCGUCAACGGCGUCCGGAUCGCCUACCCGGACCUCUUCCUCGGCUCCCGAAUCGCGGUCCACGGAAUCGAAGGAAUCCUCCUCACCGGCCUCAACAUGAGCCGCGAUCUCGAAUACGGCUCCGGCCAUUUCCCGCCGAUCGGAUCUCCGGCGCCGGCCUUCCACCCAAUUCCUGCCCCGCCGUCGAACGAAUCGAAUAUUCCCACCGAAAUGCCCAAUUCUCCGACUCCGGUGAUCGGGAAUAUUCCGGCGAAGGCGAAGGCUCCGUCUCCGCCGGCGUCUACUUUCAUUGGGAUUAUUCCGGCGAAGGGGAUUCAGAAGUCUGAUGCGCCGGCUCCGGUGCCGGAGACUGACCGGAAUGAUGUGCCGGCGGAGGCGUCUCGGGAGUGGGCUGCGACGCCGACAAUCUCGCAGGAGCAGAUGGAGAAGAUGAAGAGGCUGGGCAUGAAGACGCCGGGGAAAAGGCUGCGGAAGGGGCGCCGCCGCCACCGGAGGCGUAAGGAGCUCCGUGAUCUGUAAACUGCUUGGGCUGUAUUGGAAUAAUCCCGAUAUCUUGGGGUCAAUGUGUCAUUUCUUGGAUUUACAAAAUAUGGAUUCUUGCUUAACAAAAAUAUUUAGUGCUUCUCUUCCUUUCAAAAUAUGCUGCUGAAUGUGAAUUUUUUAGCAUAUUGAUCACU